AUGAAUGAUCCUUAUGUAUUAGAUCAUCCACUUUUUGUUACUCUUCGCGAUACUCUUAUCUCAUUUUUACAUGAGAAUCAAAAUAAUCAAACAAUGUAUCAAUUAGCCAAAGACAUUUCAAGCUUAAUUAGUAAUAUAACCAUUAAAUUCGUUAAUACUUAUGUAGAUAUAUUCAAACGAUUAUUGAUAUACAAACCAUUAAUUAAUAAAGUCAGUGAAGGUAUCAAUAAAUGUGCUCAGAAUAUAGGAAAUGUAUCGGAAGAAUUCAUCGAAGUUCUAAAUAAUCUACUUUUUGCAUAUGAAAGACUAAUUCACAAGCGACUUGACAUUCAAGAUGAUCCUUCGAUAACAAUACUUUUCGAGUCCGUGGCAAAAUGUUUUGUAUCACAUAAUUAUGAAGAAAUGCUUGAACAUGUCGGAGAACAUACAGAAAUGAGUAUACGCGAAGAAUUCUUUUUUGCAAGAUGUCCACUUUUUUUACAUCAAUGUCGAAGUCAACAUCGUAGACAUAUAUUAAAUGAUGUUCGAAAAAUUCUUCUUCCACUUUUUAACAAACGACUUCCAUUGAAACAAAUAAAUAAAUCAGUAAUUAUGGUAUUAGGUUCAAUCUGUGCCGUUCUCUUUAUUUGUUCUUAUGGUAUAAUGAAUAAUGAAGCAUUUUAUGAUCAAUAUGAAAAAUUAUUAUCUCAUCUAAAUGAAAUGCUUUCUAAUGUAUAUUCAAUUAGAGGUGAAAAUGAUUUAAUCAAGAUUGAAUUAAUACAAGAAAUUGUUGAGCAAAUGUCAAAUUUCAUUUCUAUCGAUCAAUAUAUUGGUAAAAUGAAAGAACUUCAACUUAGUGCAAGACUUCUUACAAUAGUCGACGAUAUUCAAGAUGAAGCUAUACAUUUUCAAAUUUAUCGUAUUCUAGCAGCAAUAUUAACAGAAAAAGAUAUUAAAACACUCGCAUCACCUGACAAAAUUGUUACGAUUUUUCUUAAAAAAAUUAUUAAUAUUAGUAAUAAUAUUUCCGAACGAGAACCGCUAAGUAACAUAUUAAUAGCUGUAAAAAGUCUGGUACAACACGAUCAAAUUAAAGAUGAAAUUGUCAAACAACAAGGAUUAUCCCUUUUAAUACGAUGUGCUACCGAACCAGAACUUAUAGAACAAGGUGAAGGCAAUCAAUGGUCGCUUGAGAUUUUACUGGCUCUUACAUUCAACAAAGAAGCAUUUAAUAAUAUCAAAAAUAAUACUGAAUUCAUUCAGCAUCUCAAAACCUUACUUCAUUCUACAGAUGACGAUGAAAAACGAUUUGCAGAAAGUAUUUUGUGGAAAAUUGAACAAGAUAAAAAAGAUGUUGAAUCAACAACUGUUUCAUCUAAUGAUCAAUAUGAUAUUAUGCUUAGCUAUUCACAUCGUAAUAAAGAUCUUUGCUAUGCUAUUUAUGAUCGUCUUAUCAAAGAUGGUUUUCGAGUAUGGAUUGAUCGAGAAAAUAUGUAUGGAUCUCCUAUGGAUGCCAUGGCUUAUGCUAUUGAAAAUUCUAAAUAUAUUCUUGUGUGUAUGUCUGAAGCAUACAAACAAAGUCCCUGUUGUCAAUUAGAAGCUCAAUAUGCAUUUCAGAAACGACGUCCACUUAUUCCAUUGGUCAUGACUCAAAGAUAUAAGCCAGAUGGAUGGUUGGGUAUUAUUGUCAGUGGAAAAAUAUAUAUCGAUAUUCCUAAACUAACAAUUGAUUCCGCUUAUCUCGCCCUCAAAAAGGAAAUCAACGCAUAUCUUAAACAAAGAAAUACAACUGAAGAAGUAUCAUCUCAAAAAACACCAUUGGUUCACAAUUCUGUAUCACAAAUUCCUACAACAUCAAAAACUCUUCCGAUCACUGGAAUGACAUCUGACGCACAACGAUCGAUUGUGAAAUAUCCGAAUUGUAUCGAUGAAUGGAGUGAUGAUCAUAUUCGUUCUUUCCUAAUGGAAAGAAAACUAACUAGUCUUUUACCUGUUGUUGUUGAUAUGGAUGGUUGUGUAUUACACAUGAUAAAAAGCCAGACAUAUGGCACAAACACACAGCGACGUUGA